AUGCUUUUUGCAUAUAUCCUUGCCGCCAGUUUUGCGGUUGUUUCGGCUUUUCCUUCCAAGUACACAAGAAGAGGAGGAUCCUGUGAUGAGGCCGACUCUCGGACUCCUGACAAUUCAUGGGACUCUCACCUGCACGUUUUGAACCCAAUCGACUACCCAAUAGAAGAAGGAUCAGAAUAUACCCCCGGAGUGUAUACCGUAUGGGAUAAUGCCUUAUUCGAAAAUCGCUUGGGCCCUGAGCAUGUGGUUCUGAUUCAGCCGUCCAUCUACGGUACUAACAAUACGCUUCUUCUUGAAUCUCUCCGAGCCUACGGACCAGACAGAGCGCGUGGAGUUGUUGUAUUUAAUAUUGAAGAUAUCUCAAUGGCCGAACUCAACCAGUGGCAUGCAUGGGGAGUCCGUGGCGUACGAAUCAACUUUCUGUCCACCGGUGAAACUCCACCUGCCGAUGAGCUGAAGCGAACCUUGAGUGAAUACGCCAACAAGGUCAAGUCGCUCGGUUGGGUUGUGCAGCUAUAUAUUGCGAUGGAUGCUAUUCAGUCGAUUGAAGAUUUCCUUCCUUCUCUGGGAGUGCAGAUCGUGUUCGAUCAUAUUGGCGUCCCCGACAUUCCAGAACAGAAUUCGACCAAGCCUUACAACCCGUCUGAUAUCGCCGGGUUCGACUCCAUGGUUCGGCUGCUGCAACAAAACGUCGCUUGGGUCAAGAUCUCGGGGCCAUAUCGGGUUCCGAAUGUUCAAGGGCCAAUUUAUCAUGAACUAGACCCUCUCAUCCUUGAGCUAUUCCGAGCCGCUCCCUCAAGACUUGUUUACGCCUCGGACUGGCCUCACACAAGAUUUGAGGGCCUUGAUAUUAAACCAUGGACAAGCCGUCUGCUUGACCUUACAGAGGGUCAAGAAAAAGUCAGAGAGAGGCUCUUUAGAGAUAAUGCUAUGUUUUUGUGGCAGGCGGACGAUAACCAGCUCUAG